AUGGGUCAGUCACGACGCCCCGUUGGCGGAGAAAAGAAGAGCCGGUUUGGGCGCUCCAAAGCAGUCGCAGAUGUUGGCGAUGGUCGACAAGCGGGGGGAAGGCCGCAGGUUAGGAAGGCCGCCUUCGAGAGCACUAAGAAGAAGGAGAUCGGUGUGUCAGAUCUUACACUGCUCAGCAAGAUCUCCAACGAGGCCAUCAACGACAAUCUGAAGCUCCGAUUCGAGCAUGACGAGAUUUAUACUUAUAUUGGCCAUGUGUUGGUCUCAGUGAACCCUUUCCGAGACUUGGGUAUCUACACAGAUACUGUCCUCGAUUCGUAUCGUGGCAAGAACCGCCUCGAAGUCCCUCCCCACGUAUUCGGAGUCGCCGAGUCCGCAUACUACAACAUGAAAUCCUACAAGGACAACCAGUGUGUCAUCAUUUCCGGAGAGUCUGGUGCCGGAAAGACCGAGGCCGCGAAGCGGAUCAUGCAAUACAUUGCCAGUGUCUCUGGCGGCGGUGAUUCGUCUAUUCAGGAGACGAAGGACAUGGUAUUGGCCACGAACCCGUUGUUAGAGUCAUUCGGUAAUGCGAAGACGCUGCGCAACAACAACUCGUCCCGAUUCGGAAAAUACCUAGAGUUGGAGUUCAAUGCCAACGGUGAGCCGGUGGGAGCUAACAUUACGAACUAUCUGUUGGAGAAGUCACGAGUCGUCGGACAAAUUACGAACGAGCGAAAUUUCCACAUCUUCUACCAACUCACAAAGGGUGCUCCACAGAAGUACCGCGACAGCUUCGGUCUUCAGCAACCCCAGUCCUACCUCUAUACGAGCCGUUCUAAGUGUUUCGAUGUGCCGGGCAUUGACGAUGUAGCCGAGUUCAAGGACACACUGGAUGCGAUGAGGGUGAUUGGAAUGAGCGAUCCCGAGCAGGACAACGUGUUCCGCAUGCUGGCAGCUAUUCUCUGGAUUGGCAAUGUUCAGUUCACCGAGGAUGACUCUGGAAAUGCUACUAUUAGCGAUCAGUCAGUUGUUGAUUUCGUCGCCUAUCUGUUGGAGGUCGAUUCUGCUCAAGUGAACAAGGCUUUGACUAUUCGUCUGAUGGAGACUGCCCGAGGAGGACGCAGGGGUUCCGUAUAUGAAGUGCCACUGAACAGGGUCCAAGCUUCAGCCGUUCGGGACGCUUUGGCCAAGGGAAUUUAUUUCAAUCUGUUCGAUUGGAUUGUGGAGCGCGUCAACCAAUCACUGACUGCUCGAGGUUCCAUCACCAAUUCCAUUGGUAUCCUGGAUAUUUACGGAUUUGAAAUCUUCGAGAAGAACUCUUUCGAGCAGCUGUGUAUCAACUAUGUCAACGAGAAGCUGCAGCAGAUUUUCAUUCAAUUGACUCUCAAGGCAGAACAAGAUGAGUAUGCCCGCGAGCAGAUCAAGUGGACUCCUAUUCAGUACUUUGACAACAAGGUGGUUUGCUCGUUGAUCGAGGACAAGCGCCCUCCUGGUGUUUUCGCCGCUUUGAACGAUGCCUGCGCAACUGCUCACGCCGAUUCAGGCGCGGCCGAUCAGACUUUCGUCGGUAGGCUCAACUUCCUGUCACAGAACCCCAACUUCGAAGGUCGCCAGGGUCAGUUCAUUAUCAAGCACUACGCGGGUGACGUCGGCUACGCCGUGGAGGGAAUGACGGAUAAGAACAAGGAUCAGCUGUUGAAGGACUUGUUGAACCUUGCCCAAUCUAGCAGCAACGAGUUCGUCCACACGCUGUUCCCCAACCAGGUCAAUCAGGAUGACAAGCGUCGCCCACCUACUGCCGGUGAUAAGAUCAAGGCAUCUGCGAAUGACCUUCCCCCCAAAGAGUACAACGUCGGCAAUGUCCUGCAUCAGAUCAAGUACCUGGGUCUCCAGGAGAACGUCCGCAUUCGACGUGCUGGCUUUGCCUACCGUCAGACCUUCGACAAGUUCACCGAGCGAUUCUACCUCUUGUCUCCGAAGACCUCGUAUGCCGGUGACUACACAUGGACCGGUGAUGUGGAAUCUGGCGCGAAGCAGAUCUUGAAGGAUACCCGUAUCCCCCCUGAGGAGUACCAGAUGGGUAUUACGAAGGUCUUUGUCAAGACUCCUGAGACACUGUUCGCACUAGAAGCUAUGCGAGACAAAUACUGGCACAAUAUGGCCAUCCGUAUCCAGCGUGCUUGGAGAAACUAUCUCCGAUACCGCAUUGAAUGCGCCAUCCGCAUUCAGCGCUUCUGGCGCCGGAUGACCGGUGGACUCGAAUUGAUCAAGGUUCGUGAUCAGGGACACCAAGUGCUCCAGGGCCGCAAGGAACGCCGGAGAAUGAGUCUUCUCGGCUCUCGUCGCUUUCUGGGCGAUUAUCUUGGUGUCGGGAAUACCGGUGGCCCUGGUGAAAUGAUCCGCAAUGGUGCAGGCAUCAGCGGUUCAGACAACGUUGUUUUCUCUUGCCGUGCCGAGCUUUUGGUGUCUAAGUUCGGUCGUUCCAGCAAACCUGUCCCGCGGAUUCUUGUCUUGACGAGUCGUCAUGUCUACAUUGUUGCACAGAGCAUCGAAAACAACCAGCUUGUUAUUUCGGCCGAACGAACCAUUCCGGUUGGAGCCAUCAAGAGUGUCAGCACUUCGAAUCUCAAAGACGACUGGUUCUCGCUGGUUAUUGGGGCUCAGGAACCUGACCCGCUCAUCAACUGUGUCUUCAAAACUGAAUUCUUUACUCAUCUCACCAAUAUCCUGCGUGGCUCUCUGACUUUGAAGAUUGGAGAAACCAUCGAAUACCAUAAGAAGCCUGGCAAGCUGGCGACUGUCAAGGCAGUCAAAGAUCCGGCUGCUGGAAAUGUCGACACCUACAAGAGUAGCACAAUUCACACUAGUGCUGGUGAGCCUCCUAGCUCUGUCUCAAAACCUACCCCACGGCCAAAGGCGGUUGCUGCUCGCCCGGUUACAAAAGGCAAGCUGCUUCACCUGUACCUGCCGCCCAGCCUCUACCCCGGUCUACCCCCACAGCCUGCCGCAGUACCGCAACCUGCUGCCCAGUCGCACAUCGUGCCUCAGCCUGUGGCUGCUGCCGCGGCUAUGCACUCUCGCAACGAGUCCUAUAGUUCCGUGAGAUCUUCUGGCUCCACGAGGGCUCCUCCACCACCUCCCCCUGCCGCACCUCCUGCUGCCUCAAGAAAGCCCGCAGCAAAGGUCAAGUAUGACUACACCAGUGACCGGGCGAAUGAGCUUUCCAUUGUCAAGGGCGAAAUUGUGGAGAUUAUAUCCAGGGAAGGAAAUGGAUGGUGGCUAUGUAAGAACACAACAACAUCAGCACAAGGAUGGACCCCCGAGUCCUACCUUGAAGAAGUAGCUGUCGCUCCCGCGCCAAAGCCUGUUCCACCCCCACCCCCGGUGGCGCCGCGCGCAACCCCCAGCCCUAUUCCAAACGGCGUUGGGGCAGCUGCAGCCGCCAAGACCAAGCCCGCCCCGCCAGCUCCCCCGGCCAAGCGUCCCAACAUGGCUGGACGCAAACCUGCACCCCCGCCAGCUCCCAGGGAUAGCGCUGUGAGCGUGCAGUCGGGCGACUCAUCAGGCGCCAGCGGCCGCGGUACUCCCAACAGUGCAUCGAACGCUAGUCUGGCAGGUGGUUUGGCCGAGGCACUGCGUGCAAGACAAAGCGCGAUGCAGGGCAAGCACGAUGACGACGACGAGUGGUAG